AUGAAAAAGCUGCCUGAUAAAGUUGGAAGGAAUAUCAUUCAGGAUACUGAAUUUUUGAAGGAACUCAGUAAGUGUGUUUGGAAUUUAGAAAUUGAGGCACCUGAAUUUGAAGAGAAAUGGAACAAUGUUCUUGUUGAGUUUAAAUUACAAGACCAUGAUUGGUUGAAUUUGAUGUUUGAGAUGAGAUCUAUGUGGAUUCCAGCGUAUUUUAGAGAUGUCUUUAUGGGUGGUAUUAUGAGAACUACCUCAAGGUCAGAGAGUGAGAAUAAUUUUUUUACAUCCGUUGUAAAUCCUCACGUGUCUCUUGUGGAGUUUUUCAUGAGGUAUGAAACUGCGUUGGAUGCACAGAGACAUUGUCAGGCAGAGAAUGACAAUGAAUCACAGGAGAAAUUCCCUCAAUGUAAGACAGAAUUGUUGAUUGAGAGGCAUGGUUCUGAGGUGUACACCGUUUCUGUAUUUUAUGAAUUUCAAGAUGAAGUUCAUAGUUCUUUUUAUUGUUGUGGUGUAGAUGAAUUGAGGAAGGAAGAUGGUAUUGAUGUAGAAAUUGUUACUGAGGCAAAUAGGAGAAGGAAAUUUAAAGUUUUGUUUGAGUGCUUUAGUCAUGACACUACCUGCUCUUGUAAGAAGUUUUAUAGGAUAGGAAUCCCAUGCAGACAUAUGAUAUGGAUGUGGAAGGCAAAGAAUUUAAAAAGCAUUCCAAAGCAAUAUAUCUUAGAUCGUUGGACAAUAAUUUCUACUCAGAAACCAAUGUUAGAUAUAAGUUGUUUAGACACCGAAGAUGAUAGGCGGGUGGUUAUAAAUGAAAUGUGGUCGGAGAUAUUUUCUUGUGUGAGUUGGGUUAAAGGUCAUGAGGAGGACUUUAUUAAGAAUAUUCGAGAGUUCAAGAAUAAAAUUGAAGCGACAAAAAAUGUUACUUUGGAAGAUACUCAAAAUGUAAGAUCUAGUGAACAUGAUAUUGAGAUGUUAAUAGGAUGUAGCAUUCCUGAUGAAAUACUUGUUCAACCUCCUAAAGUGUCAAAGAAUAAAGGUACAGGUGUUCACGAUGGCUCUAGAACUAGUGGGUCUAAAAGAUUAAAGGGUGCCAAAGAAAUAGCGGUUGAACAAUCUAAAAAGAAAACGAAGAGGAAAUGCAGUGGCUGUGGCGAGCUAGCAUAUCAUGAUAUUCGGAAUUGUCCUCACAAAGCAUGA